AACUGGUCGCGAGGGGCCGGCGGUUGCAGAGCGCGCUGCUGCUGCUCCUCGUCGUCCUGACCCGGCGCUGCACCGGCUCUCAGCUUUCCAAAAUGGCAACUAUUGCAGAGUUGGAAGAGGUAAUCCAGCAGCUUCGGCAGCAGCUGCAGGAAUCGGAACGUGAGAGGAUGAAGGCAGCUCAGUAUGGACUAGAGCUGUUGAAAAAUGAGGCUGAGUUAGACAACAAAUUGACAGAAGUCACAAAUGAAUUUACUGCUGCCAGAGAGCUCCUGGAGCAAGAGAAAUAUUCAUUGCAGCGAGAAGUUGAACUGAAGAACCGUAUGUUAGAAAGUCAGAGUUCAGAUAUUGAGAGCAUCAAACAGCAACAAAAAACACAACUGAGUCAACAACUGGAACAAGUGGAGAGAAUUCACACUCGUGAAAUUAAUGAGUUGAAGAGCAAGUUGGAAAAGCAGAAGUCUGAGCUGGAUGAAGCACAGCUAUGUGAGAAACAACUGAGACACAAACUGGAUCAUCAAAGUGAACUACUUAAUACUAAGACUGAAGAAUUGCGGAAUCUAUCUGAGCGUGCGCAGGAAACAAUGUCAUCUGAAAUGAUGAGCCUACAAGUGGAGAACAUGGAACUUGAAGCUGCAAAGGCAAAAUUGCAGGAAGAUUUUAAUGAAAUGAUAUACCACCAAGAACAGUUGGAACUUGCUAAUAAUAAUCUUCUACGCAAGAUUGAGCGAAUACAAGAGGAAAAAGAGGAACAAGAGAAAGAGACGGUUUCAUACUGCAAUGCAUUGGAGAAAGCACGAGUGGCUAACCAGGAUCUGCAGAUCCAAUUGGAUCAAGCUGAGCAAGAGGCUCGUGAUCCCAACAGUAAAGGAAACUCGCUUUUUGCUGAGGUGGAAGAUCGUAGAGCAAUGAUGGAGAGACAGCUUAUUGGUAUGAGAGUACAGUACCAGUCCCUGCAGAAGCAACAUGCAUUUUCUCGUCAACAGCUACACAGAAUGAAGGUGCAGAUAGCCACAAUGUUACAAAUAAAGGGCUUGCAGUCAGACCCAGGACAGCUAGAACGUUUGCAAUCCAUGCUCACACAGAAGAACAAUGAGAUUCAAGCUCUAGUGGUAAAGCUACGACGCCUGGAAAAAAUGGAGAUAAACUAUGAUCCCAUGGAAAAUCAGAAUGAAGUUGUUGCUGCAGAUUUUGGAGAUGGGCAAUAUUAUAUUGAAUUGCUGAAACUGCAAAUUGACAAUGCCAAGAAAGAAAUUAAGUCAUUGAAUGAUGACCUCUCUUUACAACGCAUGAAGGCUCUUGCAGAGAGUCAGCGUGUCUUAGAUGUUGAACGUAAAUUUUACACCAAUGAGAGACAGUUGAAACAAUAUCAGAGUGAAAACAUGAAACUUCGCGUCAAACUGGAUGAGAUGAAGCUUAAGUACGAACCUGAAGAAGUGAAGAAUCAGCAGCAAACUCGCAAGAAGGAGAAACUUCCAGUUGAGGUACUCGAUGAAGCUCAACUUGUAUCCAGUAGCACGCCUGCUAUCGAAGCUACUCUCUCAUCUGAUAAAAUGACUGACACCAGAAAAAGGCAGACCAAUAUGCUACGUAAUGAGAUUUUGACUCCAGCAUCCAAACCAGAUGUUCAUUCUGCUCCACCUUCAGGAGUUCUGUCUGCUAAUGACAGAGAAACAAUAAAACAGGAACCAACCAGUAAGCAGACAACAUCUAAAGAGGGCAAGCGGGUGCGAAUCAUGCAAGAAGCAGGUGAAGUUCUAGUUUUUUCUGAAAGGAAGAACACUGAAGUCUCCAGGCCAACUCCCUCCCCAAGGGUAUCCAAGGGUGAUAUAAAAGUAGAAAAAACAGAUGAGAAGAAAUUGGAUAAAGAAUCGGAAGAAUCAAAGGGAGCGAAUAAAAUUAAACGACAGAAGAUGCACCCAGUCAUCCAUGUGUCAUCUCAACCCACUGUUGAAUCUCAAUGUGCCCAACAGUAAAUAAAUUAUGCUUAUCUUUCUGGCAUUGAAGCAUUCAGUUUCUUUCCAAUGUUCAUCUUGGGAAAUGUCAUUCAAUCCGUAUGUGUACAAUAUCAUAUGCCGUCACAUUGAGAUGUGCAAGAUAAUUAUUACAUCAGACAUUCCAAUUAAAUAAUCUCGUGUGGUAAUUGAAAAUAGGAGAUGCCAAUAUUUUUAUUAUCUGGCAUAUAAAAUCUUGUAUUCAGUGGAUGUUUCUAAAUUUUAAGGUUUGGUAUUUUCUCGCUCAUAAUUGAAUUGUAGAGUUGACCAGAGAGGAGGCUGAAGCUAAAAGAAUUGUAGAAGGUUGCCUGUUAUCAAGGUAUCAUUGUUGCUGGAAGAUCAGAAGACAUGCUGAAAGCCACAGAUUAAUUCAGAUCUUAGUACAUGAUUCCAAUACAUUAUGGCUUUCUCCCCUAGAUUAACAACUUUAAACAAACUAAUGUUAAAUAUGAUGCAAGUUCUACUGUUUUUACUGUACAGUGCAUUGUUGGUGGGGUUGUGGAAGCCAUUAUGAAAAUGUACUGAUUUAUAAUCCCAGUGAAUAAGUUGCAAGUUGAUGGCGAGUUUUUAUAGAUAUGCAGUUUCCAUUUAUUGAUUUAAUUUUUUGAAAUGCAAACAUUGAUAUAAUGACCGGGUGUACAUACAUUUCUUUAUUCUAACCAUUAUAUGUGCUUUCCCAUGUAUUAAUAAGAACAGCCAAAAAAAAAAUAUUUGUUCAAAUCUCCCCUAAAUAUUAAAUCAAUUAUUUCAAAAUGUGGUAACUUGCAGUGCUAAGCAUUUCUAAGAAACCCACACGCACACACGAUUAAUGCCAUCUUUUGAAUUGGAAUACUACUUGUUCUACCCCUCAACACUUUGUGACUAAGCUCGGGUAUAACCAGGAAAUUGACCACUUCUUAACUUCCUCCUUGCUCUGCAACAGUGGAAGAAAGUUUUGAUGGGGACUUUUUUGAAAAGAGUUUAUUCUUUGUUGUUUAAAUCUUUAUUAUACCAUCUUAUCAGGUGCCUCGAUUCAAUUAAUUGUCAAGUUAUUAAUCUUUAUAAAUGUAAUUCAGAUUUUAUGAUCUGAUGCCAGUCUAAACAAAUAAAUGCAGUGAUGUAUAUUGGGCUAUUCUUUACAUUAAAUUACAAUCAACAUUUAGUUUGAGUUUUACAGCUUUUGGGAAAAAUAAAGUUCUUUCCUGAAAAAUGUUUGAAUUUUUGUUUUAGAAAGUUUAUAUGUUUCACUUAACCUAACACCUUAAAUUCAUGAUUUUCAGGUUGUUAACCGAACCAUGUAUUUUGAUCAUAAAGUAAAAAAUAAAAUAUGAAUUUUGUAUUACCA